UCCCACCAAACAUAAUCCCCCAAGUCUCCAAAUCAACAAAAACACCCACAACUUAUCUUCAAAGCUUUUCCAUUAAUCAUCAAUGGAGAUUGAACCAGCAGCACCGCAAAACCCAGAAUGCAUAGAAACUCAUAAUCUUGACAAUCAAAAUCAACCAUUAACCCUAAUUCCCCCAAUUGCUUCCAUUUCUCUAUCUCUCUCAACAAUCUUACCUACCCAUUUCUUCACACCCACUAAAACCACUCAUCUUUUCUCUCCCAAAAAUGUCAAGAUCCCAUCACAAAUUACCUCUGCUCUUUCCCUCUCUUCCAGUUCUCCUUCUAUUCCAAAACCUUUUUCCAAAAACUCAUCGUUUUCUGCUUCCCCUCUCCAAAAUCCCCUUUUUCUUAACCCUCGAUUACCUUCUGAACCCUCCAAUGGCGCCGCAGCAAGCAAAUCCACCAUUGUUUGGUUCAGAAAUGACCUUAGAGUUCAUGACAAUGAGUGUCUUACAACUGCAAACAAUGAGUCUAUGUCUGUUCUUCCACUCUAUUGUUUUGACCCAAGAGAUUAUGGAAAAUCAUCAUCUGGGUUUGAUAAAACCGGCCCAUAUCGUGCUUCUUUCUUGAUUGAAUCAGUUUCUGAUCUUAGGAAGAAUCUUAGGGAAAGAGGGUCUGAUUUAAUAGUUAGAAUUGGUAAACCUGAGACUGUUCUUGCUGAGAUGGUUAAGGCAAUUGGUGCUGAUGCAGUGUAUGUACACCGAGAAGUGUCGAAUGAGGAGGCGAAAUCUGAGGGAAGGAUAGAAGCUGCAAUGAAGAAUGAAGGGGUUGAAAUGAAGUAUUUUUGGGGAAGUACAUUGUAUCAUUUGGACGAUUUACCCUUUAAAUUGGAGGAAAUGCCUACAAAUUAUGGUGGGUUUAGGGAAAAAGUACAAGGGUUGAAAGUUAGGGAGACUAUAGCUGCUUUGGAUCAAUUGAAAGGUUUACCUUCACAAGGGGAUGUUGAGCCUGGAGAAAUUCCUUCUCUUGUUGAUUUGGGUAUUAACCCAAAUGCUAGUUUAUCUCAGAAUGGGAAACCGACUGCUAAUAGUUCUCUCGUGGGAGGAGAGACUGAAGCAAUGCAAAGGCUCCAAAAUUUUGCAGCUGAAUGCAAGGCACAGCCACCUAAGUCCAAGGACGGUAACAACAGCAUAUAUGGUGCCAAUUUCUCAUGCAAAAUUUCGCCCUGGCUAGCUAUGGGAUGCCUUUCUCCUCGGCAUAUGUUUGACGAAAUGAAGAAAACUGCUUCUAGAACUAUAUCUGCUAAAAAUCGGAAAGAUGGUGAUGAUGGAAUGAACUGGUUGAUGUUCGAGUUAUUAUGGAGGGACUUUUUCAGAUUUAUCACCGCAAAAUACAGCUCAGCAAAGAAACUUGUCGAUGCUACCCCGGCUACUGCUUGCACAGGCGCUCUUGCUUAAGCAAGAACUACAUUUUUGUUCCAAAGCGGGUCUGUAAAUUUUCGGGUUGCUGAAUACAACAUUGAGCUCCUUUAGAACAAAAAGGUAGUGAUUUCGGGAAUAUCGUUUCUUGAGUAGCUUGUUUGUUCCUUUUUUACUGAAGAUCCAUGCACAAGCAUCUUCCUUUAUUCAUUGUCCAUCUCUAAAUGUAUUAACUCGGCUACUAAUAAUAUUGAGCUUUUAUAGUAAUCUUCUUCUCACUCUGUUCUCAA